CGGCAGUGUACUGGAAUUCUAGAGCUUCGGCCAGCGGACAAUUCCAAGAACGUUUGGUCAUUGAUUCAAGUGUUGAUUAAACAAAAAAAUAUAUUCUAAAUAUUAAGUUUCAUGCAAAUUGUUGAAUUGAUGAGGGUAGAUUCGCUGUUGUGUGGGAAGGUAAAUUCCAGAGCUUCAUCAGAGCUGUGUGACGCGCUGCCUUAGUGAACCUACUGUCGAUAUAAACAAUAGUGUAUAUGCCUUCUCGCCGAUAUUGGAUUCAUUGAGUAAUAAGUAAACGCUUAAGCUUGGGAGAUUAUUUACUUCAGAUGUAGCUUCAGUAAAAGAUAUUCUUUUAGUUUUGUGUUUAUGUGUUCUGUUCUUUAUGUGUCCUCGGCUGGUGACCAAUGUUAUCGGCGCUCCACACCUGCACCUCUUCCUCUUAAACAACAAAAGAAACACGGUUUAUGGUAAUGUGUAAAAAAAAAACAUUACACUAAAGCACCUUCGAGAGUAUUUCGCUCCACUCCAGUUGCCGAGAGAAUCGUAUCAUUUGGUUAGAAAUGGUACAAUUCCUCGGUGUUGCCAGUUUAUGUGAAGGAAAUUCGUCUUGAUUUCGUGUUGCAUUCGUGACAUGGGGUCUUGUGGAGAAAUGUUUGUAGUUUGGUUUAACUUUUCUGAGUUAUUAGUAGUGUCUCUGUCGGUUAUUAAGUACGAGCGAUGAAUCAGGUGCCUGUCUCAUUUUAGGACGGAAGAGAGAAUCAACUUGACAGGUCCAACUAUAAACACGCGUUUGUCAAAUUGUGAAGAGUGCUAAUUAAACCCUGGCCAUGGAGACGUUGUCGGAAACAAAGAAACUGGUGCCACCUUCAUAAUUCAACACUGGAGCGUGCUUUUUUAUGUGCUCGCUUUUCCCUCGUGUUUUGAUGGUAAAUCACUUCCACCAGUUAAAACUAAUUUCAGAUCAGAGCAGAUUUUAGCGAGCUAAGGUCAAUAUCCAGCCCAAGGUUGUGCCCAGCCACUUUGUGGUUCUCUCUUUUUUUGCAAUUUGCCAGAGGUCUUUUGAUCUCUUUGGACUUACACGAAACUUCUUGCUUCUCUGUUGGAACGCGCACAGUCAUCUGACGCUCAUUUAAAUGGCUUUGUUUCCGCAGUGGGCUGGCCCAUGGAAAGUUAUUUGAAUUUGCAUUGUUUACCUGUAGGUCUUUUAAAUACACGUGCGUCCGUUAAAUCUCCACUCAUUUGGAACAAACCAUGCAACCGGAUGAGCAGAUUCGAAUGCAUCUUAACCCAAGCGAUAAGAUGAUGAUGAAUCGCUCUUCACACUUUGACCCUCCACCAUCUUCUUCGCCUCUUGCUUCUUUUAAAGACAAGUUCGAAUUUCCAGCCUCGCAAGGCUUGUGGACUGCAUUUUCGUUUCCUACCCCGCCAACUUCUCCAGUGGAAUGCUGCAGCAACUGUCAAGAGGUAACGAGGGAGAUGCGCUGGCAUGCGGCCUCGGGUCCUUGGGGAGAGACGAGGGAAAUAUCGGACGAUGAACUCGAAGUUGAUGACGUUCCGUUCGAAUUUGCGCGGGAACUGUUUGGAAUGCGCGCCAAAUCUCCCGCCAUCCUCAAUGACAUAAUGUGGAGUGGUGAUCGUGUCAGGAGGCCAGAUUCUACCACGGAUUUCGAAACUAGGUUCAGCUUGUCUUCGACUCCGAUAUUUUUUGAACAGCCGAUAAGCCACACGUUUGUGGAGCCUGAGGAGCUGUUUUCGUUUUCUUUGUUGAGCCACUGCCACGAUCAGGCCGACGAUAUGUUAGCCGAGAGACUCGAGAACGAUGGUGUUGUCUUUGAUAUACCAAUUCAGGAGAAUCCGUCAGACACAGACGAAGACGAAAUCGAUGUUGUGAGCGUAACCGGGGACAAAACAGAAAAAAAGACCACCAGUUUAAAAUCAGACACCACCCGCGAGGAAGGGGGAACUUUAAAUGUACCACCAAGAAAACUCCGGUCGAGAAAAAACAACAGUGAAUCAUCAGAGCAGGAAAACGAAGAUGGAAAUGCACGCAUUUCCCACAAUGAUCUGGAACGAAAACGGCGAAACGAUUUGCGACAUCGUUUUCAGUCUCUUCGAAAGAGCAUUCCGUCGUUAGAGGAAGCUGAACGCGCCGCCAAGAUUACUAUUUUGAGACGGGCGUCAGACUUGAUUCCUUCUCUACAAAAGGAAGAAGAAAGACUGCUAGCCUUGAAAGACGACGAAAAGAAAAGAAAUGCUGCGCUUUUGAACACACUCAUGAAACUGACAAAGAACAACAAGAGGAGAUAAUCGAAACUUAAUUCAUUAUCUAACUUAGUUCUAUAGAAAAAAAUAAUGUGAUAGUUUCUCCUAAAAGGUUUUGUUUGAUACUUUUUUCUAAAUGGGAAACUAACUUAACUUGAAUCCAGCUUUGUGGCUGCUGCAGAUUUUUGAUUAAUUUAGUGUGCACGUCUCUUACAGACAGAUCUCAUUACAAAUGUAGCUGAUAUUUCGAUAACAAUUUUCACAAAGUGUUUGCUACAUUUUUUUACGAUGUUUAUUUUGUUAUGGAUUUUUCUAUACACGCAUUUUUUACUGUAUUAGGCGAAGACAUGACUUGUCAAUUUUCCUCGCGUUUCGUUAUCAAUUUGUUCUUAUUAUUGUGUUCAUUCGAGUCAGAGCUGUAGCCGCGAUUGAGACAAAACGUGAAAAUUUAGCAGCGAUUUUAUGUAAAUCUCUUACAUCAACGUUCAUUCUAAAUAUAAUUUUAAAGUUAGAUUUAAAUUAAGGCAACAGAAAAUUUAGAGAGAGAAAAAAGUUCUUACAUGUACCUAAAAUAAAAAAUAAUUCAGUACUAUAAAUAUUGUUUGAAACAUUAUUACCCUCGUUAAAUGCUCAUCCUAUAGUAAUUAAAUAGGAUAUAAACUAUUAUAGCAAUAGUUAUCAAACUUGGUGUGUAAAGGGUCCAAGCUUAUUUACUUCAGCGAUAAGCACCCAUCAGUCAUGACAUUACAGAACGCAGAAAUGACGCUCAGCCCACAUUCCAAAAUGUCCGCCAUCUUAGGUUUCAAACAUUUUCAAAAUAACUCCAGAAUUGAUUUAAAACAUGAGAAAAAUAUAAGGAUACAAGAAAUGUAAAGAAUCCAAACUCGAACUAGAACAGAAAUUAGACCUUAAAUACACACCAAAUUUGGAUAAAAUAACCUUUGAAAACACAGUUAUCAUAGAAACGUCUAGUCACGUGGCCAAAUAAUUGAUAUACCAAGUUUGACCUCUAUUACUCGAAUGCUGUUUCAAUUUAUUUUAAGAAAAGAUUUGCUUCAGUACGGGCACUCUAUUCACCUUGAAGCUAAAUGGUGCUGAAGAAUUCUGAAGUUUUUGUGCAAGGAAGUGAAGUUUUUCUUAAAUGUCCAUUCUUUAGAACGUGCUGGCUGAAUGUAUCCACGACAAGCGUACAUUAAGGCUGACGUAGGUUGUCACUUCAGGGUGGUGGAGAGGACUCUUGUUUGCUAGUACUGGCCGCAUAAAAGCCUUAUACCAAGUAUAAGGCUAUGUACGCCCACGUGAGGUGUGAUAUAUUUAGCAAGCAGUAACUCUCUCGGAUAGACAAGUGGGUGCGAUCGAAGAGUAAAGGGGAACGAUCCUAAUUUUCGUUUGCAGUCUACAUGGCUGAUUUUUUUUCAUGGACCAGUGAUACCAAAUUUCUUUACCAUCCUCUGUGUAUGUAGUUCAGGCGUAUCUGUUUGAGAGUCGUGCAAAUUAACCUGAUCCUUUGUUCUUUGAAAAGCGAAAUGAGUUAAAAGUUCCAUGUGGAACAUGCCAACUGUUUCCGGUUUCGUUUUUGUUUCGUGUAUAAGCGAUUGCAAGCCGGUGUUAUGUUGAGAGGGGAUGUUAAACGAUUUGCUGCUUCGAUAUAAAGUUAAAAUCGAAUGAAUCGUCUUUUAUGUGAUGUAAGGGCCUGUUUACAAGGAGGGAGGGUUACCCUAGGAAGCGGGUUACCCUAGCAGGCGGGUUACCCUA